AACCUUUGAAGUAUCAAUUUGUACUUCCUUCUUCCCCCCUAACCCUAACUACCGCCACGUGCCAUCUCGCCGGAGCCACGUGCGGCACUCAGACACAGCAAAUCAACAUCAGGAGUUGCUCGUUCAGACAACAAGAUUAGAUUCUGCAAACCCUAACAUUUCUUCUUCUUCUUCUUCUUCUUCUUCUUCUUAUUCUUCACUGUCACUCAUUUUCUCUGCAAAGCAACUCAAAUCUCUUUCAAAACCCUAGCUGACGUUGCUCCAAGGCAUAGGUUUUGGCGGUGCAUUGUCCAUCAUUUUACGCUUUCCCGCUAGGUAGGGCUGUGAAAUUUCAAGAGGUGUUACUCAUAAGCAUGCUGGUCUUCUUGUUAUUGGGAUUUAAGCUAGUGUCAGUUUGGGAAGCAUUCAUAGUGACUUUGUAUCCAUCUAACAAGGUUAACCAUUUGAUGAGGAGGAAGCUUUCAUUGUCUUUAUUACUUACUCAUUUUUAAACCGAUAAGGGUCAACAGCUGGACAGAGUUGCACAAGUUGCUAGUAACAAGUUAUCUGCUGUGUCUAUCAUCAAAUGUCAAAAGGUGUUCUAGCAGUUGUCAAACCCAAGAUGAAGUCUUACAUCUGGCUUCAAACCACUGAUGGUUCAAUACAACAAGUAGAAGAAGAGGUUGCAAUGUUUUGCCCUGUUAUUUGCCGAGAAUUUCUCCAAAAAGGCAUGGGAUCUUCAAAAAACUAUCCUAUAUUGCUUCCAGAACGUGUAAAUCCUGCUAUGUUGGGAUUGAUACUUGAUUACUGCCGGUUUCAUCAAGUACCUGGCCGAUCUAAUAAGGAGCGUAAAACUUAUGAUGAGAGGUUUAUUCGAAUGGAUACACAAAGAUUGUGUGAGUUGACAUCUGCUGCUUACAGCCUAAAAUUUAAGCCUUUAGUUGAUCUCACAUGUCGUGCACUUGCUAGAAUAAUUGAAGGAAAAACAUCUGAGGAGAUACGGGACACAUUUCAUUUAGCUGAUGACCUCACAGAGGAGGAGAAGUUGGAACCUCUCAGAAACAUAACUGAUGAUCCGCGUAUCCGUCGUUUGAAUAGAUUAUAUGCUAAAAAACGGAAAGAAUUGAAAGAGAGAGACAAACCAAAGGACAAUUGGGUUGAGGAGGAGCACGUGGAUGAACGGUCAGUUGAUGAUCUAUUAUCAUUUAUAAAUGGAGGUGGUAAGGACACCAAAGGAGUUAGAACAAUGAAGAAUAAAAAGAAAAACAGGAGAAGAAAAGAGCAAGCAAAGGACUCUACUUCUAGUAAUUCAGAUGAGUUGAAUGCUGCUUGUGUUGCUAGCAAUGAGGGCAACAUUGAUCACAUUUUAGUGCCAACUCCCAGUGAAACUUCAAAGUUGCAUGACUCUUUCGAUUCUUUGUUUGAUGAGAGCGAUAGUGAUGAUGGUUUAGAUCCUGCAAUGAAAGAGCAACUUGACAGGGAAGUGGAGGACUUCGCCCGCAUAUUGAAUUCAAACUGGCCAGAAAGAAAGCGGGAAAUUUUAUCAUUAGGCAAUGAAAGAAGACUUGUACCAAUAUCUGGAAAUGUCAAUGGUUCCAUAAAUAGACUUCCGAGUAAGCAACUUUAUUUUUCUUAAUUGUAUAUAAUUAUGUUCAUUACAUCAGGAUCCUCUUUAAUUCUCAUCUACUCAAAGAGGGUUUUGUUUAAGGGAGGUAUAAGUUCUGGGGCAUUGUCGAUGAGAAAUUAAUGGGGAUUUAGGGUUCAAGAAGAUAAGAAUGAUUUAUGUCAGAGAUGUGGUGGUUUGAACAAGACAUUAUAAAGACAGCCAAAAGGAAAAAAAGGAAAAAAACAAAGACAAAAUAAAACAAAGAUGGAUUUUCAUUCUUCAGGAAGCAUUGCAGCUUGAGUGGUUUAUAAAAUUAAAUGCUUGUACCGAAUUUAUUGCUACCGGUACUUGGCAUUGGAGUGGGUUGGUAGUGCAUGUGAGUAAAUUUCAUUUUAGGCAUGUUGUAGAGGCAAAGAAAGAAAACAGGAGAAAAGAAAAUAUUUUCAAUUUUGCUCAUUUUUUCAAUUUGUUGUGUUGCCAGCGUUUGGGGCUUUCUCCUGUUGUUGCUGCUGUUGGUACAAUAAGAAAAUAAUGCCAGUGUUACAGU